AUGGCCAAGAAGAACCUCUUUAGAAAGAAAGGUGCCGAAGAUCCUGCCAAGAGGCUCCGUGUGGCUGACGCCUUGACCUCCUACGUGGUUCCCGGAGCGGCCUCCUAUGAUCCCUACGGUGCUGCUGCAGCGGCUGCCUUUGCUGCAGCAGCUGUGGGCUCUGCACCUGCUGCUGUGAUGCCACGCACCGUUGCAUCAUCAUACACUCCUUCCAAGGUAUAUAAGGACAACCCGCCCUGCAACACGCUCUACAUCGGCAAUCUCAGCCCAUUCGUCAACGAAACUGAGAUCCUCAGCGUCUUCGGCAC